GCUUCACAUCCCCCGCCCACCAGCCAGGUCGAGCCAGGAGAAGGUGUGUCCGCUCCCCGCCCCCAGCCCCAGUCCCUGCAGUAGGCGCGGGAGCGAAACCAUCCCACCCGCCCGCCCGCGAGCUCCAAAGAGAACAGCGGCAGCUCUCGAAAUCGCGGCGACCGGAUGUGGGGCGCGUCACUUCCGGGCGGUGCAGCAGCGGCCGCUCGGAAGAUGGCUGCGCCCUGUGGCUCGGAGCUGCCCACUGGCUCGCCGCUGAAGAUCCCGAAGAUGGAGGUGAUGUCCCCGGCCUCUCCGGGCGGAAUGAGCGAUGGGAACCCGUCUCUGUCCGACCCUUCCACGCCCAGCGGCGCCUCUCCGCUCGGACCCGGCAGCGCGGCCGGCUCGGCGCAGCGACGGCGGGGCUGGGGACUGGGGCUGGGGGCCCGCAGCGCCGCCUCAUCCUCCGUCUCCUUUUCCCCGGCGGCGGCGGCGGGCGCCGCCGCCGCCGCUGCCUGCCGGGGCAUGUCGUACCCGGCCGAGACCAACGCGCUGAUAGCUGUGUGGGGCAACGAGCGGCUGGUGGAGGCGCGGUACCAGCAGCUGGAGGGAGCCGGCACGGUGUUCGGCAGCAAGGCCCCUGGGCCAGCCAUGUACGAGCGCGUGUCCCGGGCCCUGGCCGAGCUGGGCUACGAGCGGACCCCGUCCCAGUGCCGGGAGCGCAUCAAGCAGCUUCCCAAGAGACAGAAUGAGUUAGUAAGGAAUACAGACUAUACCCUUCGCAGGUGUUACAGUCGGGUGAAAGAACAUGGUGUUGGGAAAAGAAAGAGCAGUUACACAUUUGAACAGUUGGAACAGGUGUUUGGUCAGGGAGGAUGGGAUGCUCAGCCCUGCCAGCCUGUACUUAUUAACAGUAGUGGCUUGUACCAGGAGCUGGAGUCAGAUGGCAGCACUAUGGAGGAUUAUUCACAGGAGGACUGGGGAAACCACAGUCAGGAUCUACAUGGCUAUCCAACAGAUCAGGAAUUGGAUGAAAUGCCUGUCACAAAGAGAACAUUAAAAAUAAAACAAGAGUCUUCUGAAGAAGCACAGAAGCGUGACAUUAUGCAAAAUAUUGUGCAGAUUUUGGAAUCAGUACAGUUAAAAUGGGAACUGUUUCAGAGCUGGACAGACUUUUCCAGGCUCCAUCUUUCUAACAAACUGGCCAUUUUUGGCAUUGGCUACAACACUCGUUGGAAAGAGGAUAUCCGUUACCACUAUGCUGAAAUCAGCUCCCAGGUGCCUCUUGGCAAGCGUCUUCGGGAGUACUUCAAUUCAGAGAAACCUGAAGGUCGGAUCAUUAUGACACGAGUACAGAAAAUGAACUGGAAAAAUGUUUAUUAUAAAUUCUUAGAAAUCACAAUUAGUGAAGCCAGAUGCCUAGAGUUGCACAUGGAGAUUGACUGGAUACCCAUUGCCCACUCCAAGCCAACUGGUGGGAACGUUGUUCAAUAUUUAUUACCAGGGGGUAUUCCCAAAAGCCCAGGCCUUUAUGCUAUUGGCUAUGAAGAAUGUAUUGAAAGGGCACUUUCACCACACUUGGAACGCCGUACCCAGGACAUAGGAAAGGAAGCCCGAGGAGACACAGAGACUCUUUCAUCACAGGCCUCUUUACAGGUGGACAUGGAGUCCACCCGCAUUAUCUAUUGCUACCUUGGGAUUGCUGAGGUUCGGACUCUGCAGCAAUGUUUGUUUUUACAUUUCCAAGCAAACACCAAAACCUUCAGUAAAGAUUGGGUUGGUAUCAAUGGUUUUUUGUCUCAGAACUGCAUUGUGGAACCUGGUGUGUCCCCUAAGUCCAUCUAUAUCAAAUUUGUGGAAGUAGAAAGGGACUUUCUUUCCGCUGGCUCUUUAGUGGAGUGCCUGGAAAAAGCCAUUGGAUACCCCUUAAAAUUUAACAACUGAUUUCCAUCCUUCAUAAGGAUUUGGGUUUUUGUCUCCCUUUCCUCCCCUUAUUUGCCUCUCCCAUAUACCCACUGCCAUCGGACUCUUCAUGGAAAUUGUCUUUCCACAGUUGGGCCAGUACAACUUUAAAGGAAUCAAAGUGAACUUCAAGAAAGAAGCAACAAAACCACUCCUGAAAAAUGCUUAUUCUGAGCAAACGAGACACAAUGGACUUGCAGGGUGGGUCAGCUGGUUUUGUUUUUGUUUUUGUUUUUUUGUUUGUUUUUUUAAAACAAAAAUUUUUAAAAUAUGGAUUUUAGAGCCCUGAUAUAAACAACUGUAGGUACAUUCCACAUUGGACUGAACUUAUACUUUUGAGUUUCAUAUGAAAUUGAAAAACUGUAUUUUUUUCACAAUGUUUCAUUUUUACACAUCUCUCUAUGUCUCUAUAUAAGUGUUAUUUACAGCCCUGAAUAAAUAAGCAAUAGAUAAUGGCAAGUUAAAUCUUGAGUCAUGUUAAAUGAGACUUUUUCAAUAUCAUUCUUAGCUACUAUUACAUAUAAUUUAGAAUUCAUUUUUAACCUGUUUUACUUGUUUUACUAUUUACAGCCAGUGUUGCCUGGAAAAACCAAACGAAACAAUUUAUUUUGUGAUGUAUUCACUUAACUAGUUGUGUUGCUAUAUCAAUUCUAUUUUUUAUUUUUUACAUUAAAGUAAUUUGUGGUCUUUUGAAAUAAUAGUUGGAAUUUUUGUAGCAUAACGAUCCUUUAAAGCAGCUGAACUUCGAAGCUCCUAUAUUUGCUGCUUAGAGCACA